CAAGAAACGGAUUACCAAAACAAAAACCCUAGCUAAACCCAUGAAGCCCUCUAUUCUCUCCCUCUUCAUAGUACUCUCCUUCUUCUUCCUUUAUGGUGCAAAUGGGGACAAGCACCUCAUUGAGAAAGUCUGCAAAGAUUAUGUCCAAAAGAACACAAACUCGAACUACAGCUUCUGCAUGAGCUCUCUUGAAAAUGUCCCGAAGAGCCGAAACGCAUCCCUCCGAGGGCUAGGGUUUAUCUCCAUAACCCUUGUCAAAAGCGAUGCCAUUCGCAUCCAAAAACUCAUCAAGAGGCUCUUGAAUAAUUCUUGGACGGGGAAAAUGGAUCCUUACGCCAAAGAUCACUUGGUGGACUGCCAAAAAAUGUAUUCCGACGCGGUGUAUACGGUAAGUAAGGCGGCUCCUGCAUUCAGGGUAAGGGAUUAUGACUCGGCCAACGUAUAUGUGAGUGCAGUAAUGGAUACUUCUUACGACUGUGAAAAUGGAUACUCAGAGAGACAAGGCUACAGAUCUCCUUUGACAAAGAGCAAUGCUCAUAUGUUUGAGUUGAGUGCUGUGGCUUUAUCCAUCAUUAACAUGGCUGGCCAUAUCAUCACGAAAUAAUUUGUGAAUUGUGUCGCUCACUAUGUGCUCUAUAAUUUACUUCAUUAGUCACUGUUGUUUUGUUUCUGUUGUUGUUGUGCGGUUGUUUUUUUCCUUUCUUUUGAUUAUUCCAGAAGAAUAAAACACUGGGCGAUAAGUUUCAGUUGCGAUAUGUAUGGCUUCCUUUUAAUUUACAUAUUAACUUAAUCGAUCA